AUGUUCUCAUUAGCAUAUGCGCCGCUACUAGUGCCGUCGCUGGAACCUACAAGCCCAAAUACCGUAUCUCGCCGAUUGACGGAUCAAAGAUUGCACUUCCAACGAAAAGAACAGCUCGAUUUCCAGGACAAAGAAAUCGGCGUGCUCAUUCAUUUCGAAAUAGCCACAUACCUAAGCAUUGACGGCUGCAACAAUGUCCCAAACUUAGUGCCCAAUGUAGAUCUAUUCGACCCUACUUUGAUCAAUACCGAUGCAUGGAUGGAUACAACAGCCGCCCUCGGUGCGAAGUAUGCCACGCUCGUCGCGAAGCAUAACUGUGGAUUCACCACAUGGCCGAGUCAAGUGACUUUCAAAAAUCGGGAUAAUGAGACCGUGCCUUAUAAUUAUACCAUCGCACAGUCUCCGGUACAUGGAAAAGAUGUUGUGAAGAGCUUCGUCGAGUCGGCCCAGAAGUACAACAUUGGCCAUGGGUUCUAUUACAGCGUUGUUGUGAAUAACUUUCUGAAUGUGCAGAAUUCAGAGGUAAGAGCUGGCUCUUGGGCACCUGGUCAGGUUAAUGUCACCAAUAGCACUUAUGACCAGGUUGUUUUUGACCAACUGGGUGAGCUAUGGAAGAAUUAUGGGAGUCUAACCGAGAUCUGGUUUGAUGGCGGGUAUAGCAGCUCGCAACAAGACAAAAUUGAAGCUUUAUUGGAGGAAACCCAGCCCCAGGCUGUUAUAUUCAAUGGAUGUGAUACUGAUGGCAAUUGCCUGUCCUCAAACUCUAUUCGAUGGAUCGGCACAGAAGAAGGGCAGGCGCCGGAAGAGAACUGGUCAACUGGCGUGACAAAUGACGGGGGAGACUCUAAAAGUCCCUAUUUCUGCCCAGCCGAAUGCGACACCACCCUACAAACUGAAGACCGCUGGUUUUUCGGCGUCGACCAGCCACUGCGAUCCAUCGAAGAAAUGAUCGACGUUUAUCAUAAAACAGUCGGCCGCAACUGUCUUCUCGAAUUAGACCUCACACCCGACCGAAGUGGACUGAUUCCAGCCAGUUAUGCAGCCCGUUACAAACAACUUGGCGAUUUCAUCAGCUCAUGCUAUGGUGAUCCCAUCGCACUAAAUGCAGCGCAUUCUCAGACCGAUAAAGGAGAAUACUCUAUUAAAUUUGACUACCCAACUGCCAUUGACCGCAUUGUUUUGAUGGAAGAUCAAAGUAAUGGCCAGGUUAUUCGAUCGUACCAAGUGCAGGCGAAGGUUGUUGACAGCCAGGACGCUAAUGGCACCCUGUCUGUGCCGUUCACUCGCGUCUCUAAUGGAACUAGCAUUGGUCACAAGAAGAUUGAUAUAUUUGAAAAGGCCGUCACAGUGACAGAGGUUCUCAUCAAGACAACAUAUGUGGAUAUGCCAAAGUGGCGAUCUGUUUCAGUUCAUCUUUGUGAUCAGCUGCCAGCAAAUGGUACUUCUGAGGCUGAUUAG